AUGGCGUCUUCACAUGAGAUGGAGACGGAUCCCCUGCAGAUCUCUUCCACUUCUGCCUCCGACGAAGCGGCAGCUGCUGUGCAGGCACCGGAUGCAUUGGCGCAAGCCCAGAUUGUUGAAAGCCAGGCAGUAGCAUAUGCUUCCGAGGUUCAACAACAAGCUCAGGAUCAGGUCCAGGCUAUCGCCGCCAACAUGAGCAAUCAAGCCCAAACACGGGUUCAGGCCAUUGAGCAACAGGCGCAGGCUAUGGUUUCGGAGGUUUCCGUUGAAGCUUCGAGGCAACUGGCUAUCGCAAAUGAGACCAUUGCUAGCUUGAAGCAACAAAACGAGAUGUUAGCUCGUCAACAGCAGGAGCUUUACAGUCAGAUUGCGACGUUGCAAAGCAUCGUAGCGGAAGUUAAGGCUACUAGUAAAGGUGGUGUGGGUUUUGCGCCCGCUAUCACACCCAUCGCUGGGCCUCCGGGCCCGCCACCGCCUCCUGAGCCUGAGAUCUUCAACAUAGGAGAUCCCGAGGAGGGUGAAGAAGAAGAACAGGUUGAUGAUGAUCCCAUUGUUGAGCCGCGAGCCGCUGGUAACAAUGAUCGGGGUUAUGAUGGUGGUGCUGAUGCUCAGCCUCAUGAUGCAAAUGAGGAAGAGGACUAUGAAGCAGCUACUUAUAAGUAUAAGGAUCUUAAGGACUUGAAGAUGCCACAGCUUCCAAAGGAUAGUGUGGGUUUCCGAUCGUGGCGCAACGCGCUGCUGACUCUGCCAUUGAUCGCACGGGUCAAGCCAGGAUUCUUAGAUGGCUGCAGGUAUGCAUUAGAACUGAGGUGA